UAGACCGAGAAUAGUGUAUUGUGGCGAUAUUUCGUGAAAGUGACUUAACAGAAAGUUAAAUAAGAAUCGAAGGCACCGAAGAGCACCCGUGAAAGUCAUCUUUAAUUUGCUUGAUUUCCUGAUCAAAUAAGAGCAGUGCGAUCGUUACCAUUUGAGUCCUAUCAGCAGCAGCGGUUCUUGGAGUAAAAAUGGUUGCUAGCGAACAGGAGGAAGACAUCGCCCCGAAAAGGGAAACAACUGCGGCACCGGCACCAACGUCUGCGGCAGACAAUGUUAACGAGUCGGAAAUCAGCAAACGUACUUUUCGUUUAGAAGUAUGGUCGAAGAUGCGUUCUGAGAAACGUUCGCAGAGCGCUGGUCCCAGCAACAACUCUACGCGAAAAAUACCCUUUUUUCCAGAGGCGGAACAAGCUGCCGAGCGUCUUGCUGAAACCGAUGAGUUUAAACAAGCGAGCAAAAUUAAGGUCAACAUUGAUCUUGUACAAGAGUCAGUCAAACUGCAAGUGCUGAAGGCGCACAAAACGCUUUUCGUUGCACCAUCGCAAAAGUCUGAGUUUUUGUAUGCUAAGAUCAAAUCCUGCAACGUAAACGAGGUACCACUAACAAUACAGAAACGCAUAGUAAAAAUGCUCGGCCCGGAAGACACAUACGAGGAGCUCGGUAUUGAUCAAGCCGAACCCGUUGAUAUGGUUGUUGUGGGAUGCGUUGCAGUAAGCGAGCAAGGACAGCGCAUUGGUAAGGGUAACGGCUACGUGGAUUUGGAAAUUGCGUUGCUCGCUGAACAAGGCGUGAUUACACCGAAGACUGUAAUCGCCACAACUGUGGCGGAUGCUCAGGUGUAUGAUGUUUUGCCGGAAGAAUUGUUCCAACCGUAUGAUUUCACCAUUGAUCUGAUUGUAACGCCGACACGUGUAAUCCGCGUCGCAAAUCGGCCAACACCGCGGGUUAUUGGCAUCCAAUGGGGCCUACUAUCAGCUCGUCGCCUGGAGGUUGUGCGCGUGCUGAAAAAGUUGAAAGAGCAGCUCGAAGCUCAAGGCAAGGUAAUCGCUCUCAAGGACGAAGAUACAGAUGUCGAAAGCUUCCGCAAACCACGCAAUCAACGAAGCGGGGGUGGUAGUGGCCAACGUCGCCAGCAAACCCGCCGCCGUCGCUCAGUGCGUAAUCAACAGAAUGGCGCGGCAGAUACCGGUGCUGGUGCCGCCAUUCGCAGUCACGAUGAGGGCGGAAAGGAAGGUGCCGAAAAGCGAACAGGCGAAGAAGGAGGUGGUGGUGGUCGUCGGGCUCGCCGAAAACCACGCUACGGACGUAAAGUACGGAAUUAUUCCGAUUCCGAUUCUUCUCAGGGUCGUGACGGUGGUGUAGUUGGCAAAUCUGAAUCGGCUUCCGGUGGCGGUGGUGGACGUGGCAAACGGCAUCGCGGCAUUUCAGGGCGAAGUGGAGGUGGUCAGUUGGAGGAGAACGAACAGUUUGCCAACGGUGCCGGUGGAAAAAGCGGAAGGAAUCGCAGCGGCAAGGCAGGUGGUACCGGCAACGGCAGACCCAGAGGCCGAGUGUUGCAACAUCAAGACAGCGUGAGGAUCCGCGUGUCGAACAUGUUCGCGGUUCGCUUCAAGGAUUUCAAAGAAGAACUGCGCUUCCGCGACUGCUACCCUUCGAAGAUUAGUAAGGGUCGCUACGGUAAGUGUAUGCUGAUCUUCCCGAAGCGCGACAACACUGACGAGCAGAGUCAGGCAGAAGAGUUACUCAGUAAGCUGUCCGACAUGCGCAUCACAGUACAACAAAAAGACGGCGAGGCGAAACAAGUUGAGUUAAAAUGCGAGCUGCACCAGAGGCGCCGUGAUGGAUCGACCAGCGACCAUGAUGUGGAGAAUCACGAAUCGCAACAGGAGCAACAGGGUCAGCAAGAUCAGUACGCGCCACAUGGCCAGCAACGAGAGCAAGCCCAACAGCCAUCGCCACACAGUGAAGGCGGUCAAAAAGUAUCCUAAUAGAUUAAAUAGGCGUCACAAAAUACGUUUCUGCCCUAUUUCCAAUCCAUUUUGUUUCUGCUUCACAUACCUUUUUUGCUACUAACAGUGAAUUCCCUGCUUACAUCCCCCGUUUCUUCAAAAUAUUACUAAGUACGAGGGAUGAAAAAUUAAAGUCUUUGUGACACUUCAAUUCUAUCUCCGACAGCUCACCUAUUUAGACCAAAGGCAGCUGCUUACUAGAACCGACGCAUCUUGCGUACACAAAGUUUGAGCAAUAGAUGUACGCGCCAACUAAAACAAUUAAAUAGUACUUAAGCCGUCAAUAACAUAACUGCAUGGCUAUGGCUUUCACCAUCAACUCUGCAUAAAAAAGUUAGCACCGCAAAUUGACAGCCCGUGUACAACAGUUAUAUUGGUAAUCGCGAAGGCGGUGGCUGACAUCCUUCUUUACUAUUUAGUUGCGCACCUAUACAGCUGCACCGAACAUCUAUUGCUUAGACUUUGUGUACCUAAGGUUCUGCGGUGCUAGUAAGCGACUGACUUGUAUUAAAGCUAACCGUCAUGCGUCAAGAGUGGUACAGAGGCUUUGAGAGAAGUCAAUAUUUCAUUUCGUUUGUUAGUUUUUGAUUGUCGUUAUUGUUUCCACAUAAGGAAAAGGAAAAACAUCAACAAAAGGUAGUGUCGUUCUCUUUGGCAGUUCUCAAUCAGUUGAAUGGGUCAUAAGUUUCUGGUUUGCUUAAUUUUGGUAAUCAGUUUAUCCUGCCCUCCACCGCAUCGUUCCCAGUGACAUAUAUUAACCGGAUGAAGUGUGCAUGAAAUAAAAACCAGUUGUUCCAUCCAACAUCAUUCUUCAAAAUAGAAAAAGAGAAAUAGAGAAAGCGCGAGGGAGGAGAAAGAGGGGAAAAUAGAGAGGGAGAGAGAAAUAGAGAGAGCGAGAGGGGGAGUGAGAGAGAAUUAGAGAGAGCGAGAGGAGGGAGGGGGGGGGGGAGAGAGAGAAAGAACGAUAGAAAGAAAGAAACCAAGAAAGAAAGAAAGAAAGAGAUAGAAAGAAAGAAACCAAGAAAGAAAAAACGAAAACUUGGCUAGAGCGUGAAAAAAAGGUACAAGAUAAACAAGGGUAAUGGUACAAGAAAAGUAAAUAAGGAAGCGGUGGACGGGCCGGAAAUGAAGAUAACACAUGAAAAACAGGAUUUAAAACAUUUACAAACGCGUUCAUCAGAUUCACAGACAUUUGAAUUCGGGAAAAAAUUAAACUUCAGCGUUCCGGUCUACAGUAUACCGAAUAGAUCGAUAAUACGGAGGAAAGCAAGAUUCAAACAAGAAAAUAAUGUAUAGCCCUUUAAUAAGUAAUUAAAUGAACAUGGUGAAAUCCUCCCACUCUUAGUUAGGCGCGUCGGUCGAAGAGUAACAAUGUGGGAAGGCUCACAUAACAUUCUCUAUAGAGCAUUACUCUAAAAGGUUCAGCGGCACGUGCGAGCAAAUAAACAUGAAAUCUACCUUUUUUUCUUAAGUUGGAGUGGUUUGGCAUA